AUGACUCUCUGGCUGCUUGCUGCCAUCGCUCAUGGCACACCCAUCGCUCGCCGCCAAUUCGGUUCCUCAACUUCCAGCGAGCUUGAAGAUGGCUCCUGCGGCGACAUUAUCUUCAUCUUCGCCAGAGGCUCCACCGAGACUGGCAACAUGGGAAUCACCGUCGGACCCCCAACCUGCAGCGGUCUGAAAUCCGCCAACUCCAAGACCAUUUGCCAAGGUGUCGGAGGAGGCUAUACCGCUUCCAUCGCGGACAACGUCUCUGUUUCGGGAACUAGCGCAGCAGGUCUGAGGGAAGCAGCUGAAAUGUUCGCAUUGGCAGCCAGUCAAUGCCCAGAUGCCGCUAUUGUUGCAGGAGGUUACUCCCAAGGCGCCGCCCUCAUGGCCAGCGCCGUGUCCACCCUCGACGCUACUGCGCAAGCACAAGUCAAAGGCGUGGUUCUGUAUGGUUACACCAAGAAUGCCCAGAAUGAUGGGAAGAUCCCAAACUACCCACCGGAACAGACCAAAGUGUUUUGCAACGUUGACGAUGGAGUUUGCGGGGGUGCGCUGGCUGUCACCGCAGGCCAUUUGACCUACACGGCAGAUGUUGAUGCUGCUGUGGAGUUUUUGGAGGGGGCAGUCGCGAAAGGUGGUAGUGGCAGUGGCAGCGGAACUACCCCUAGCACCACGACUCCGGCAGCGCCUGCUACGAGCAGUGCAGCAGGCGGAUUGUUUGGUGGAAGUCCAUUUGGAGGAAGUUUUGGAUUUUAA